CUCGUUUCAUCUCAACACAUCUCAACUAUUCUCAUAUCAUCUCUUGUCAGUUCAUCUUAUUUUAACAUUUUUGAUCUCUUCUCAGACCUGCUUUCAUUCUUCUUGUUCCUUUCAGCCGCCUCCGUGUCUGACCGUUCAAUCUGCCCAUUGGGUCACCAAUCGUGCCAACCCGGCGUCUCUUGCGCUCACAAUCGUGUCCUUCGGAAGCUGAACAGCGGUCUGCCUGGCGGAGGUGCAACUGAAGUAUCCACAGCACCACCGGUUCGACGCUCUAGAAGAUCCUCCCAAACCGGUGGUCCGCCGAAAUCGCUGCUUCACAGUCUCCAUUCUGACUCAGCAGGUAUGACGACCUUUGCCAUGUUGUAG